AUGGCGCCCAGCGAGGCAGACAUCAAGGCGCUCGACGAGCAAGUCGCAGCCACACUGACCCGCCUGAACGAGUUCGCCACCUUCCUCAAGCCCUCGACACCGUCACCUCUUGCAGAACGCAUCGAAGACCCUCCAAACCCCCUCCAUGUCUUACGCGACUCGGCCAUGCUGGUCAAGGCCCACACGACCAAGAUCAGCCUCCUGGCAAUCAACAAACCAUUCACACCUUCUGCGAUCGGCAAAGUGAUCAGGCUACUUACAGCAGAAUGUCUCCCAGCAAUGAUGAGUGCGGUACAGAUCUGCGAGCAGGAGUAUGCUCUAUGGAGUACUAUGAUGGCCAAGGAAGCCCAAGCGAGAGUGAGGAGGGUCUUCUCAGAGAUGGAGACAUUGCUCCAAGAAGUUCAGGCAGUUUCACAAGGGAAAGGUAACGCGCGGAGCAGGAACAGUCUGUCUUCCACGGGUGUAGUAUGGGAGAGCUGUGACGCUGUGAUCGAGCUAGAAAAGCUUGGGCUAGGUGGUCUCGCAGUACAGAAGGCAGAGCAGUACCGAGACACGAUCAAGGAUGCUAUAGAGGAGUUGGAAGAGUGGAAGAAUGGUGAGGAUCCUGAUACUGAAGGACAUGAUGAGCUUCUAGACAGUGAUGAUGAGGCUGUCAGUGGGGACAAGGAUAGCGUAGAGGAUAUCUUCAAUGCUGCCAACAGUAUGCCGAGCGACAGGCCUGAGCUCAAAGCACUCGUCGAAGAGGCGGAAGCGAAGCUGAAGAAGGUGGUUCUGCUGUAUCCGGCUUUACUCAAGAGACGGUUCAAACCACUCAAUAAGAACAACAGUGAGGCGGCGGAAGAGCGGGAAACUCGGACAGCGAAUGUCAAGCGAUUGGACGAGGCAUUGGAGAGCCUCCGCAAGCUGCCGCAUCAGGUCGACGAGAUGGUCGGCUGCUUCUACGACCUAGACGAGGAGCGAGCGAGGAAAGGACUGGAAAAAUGCCUUAAGGAAGCCAUGUCUGCGUCGACAGCCAUGAAGACCGAUUGGAAGGGUGUUGAGGACGAGUUCACAGCAUGGAGUGUCAAGUGGAGAGAAGCAAUAGGCUGA